UGUCCCUGGGACACAGCAGAUCACGGAUUGACCAGCAUAUCUCAGAGGGGACAUCUACACUGAUCACCAGGGCAGUGAUUAUCAGUGCCCUGAUGAUCAGUGUAGCCCCAUCAGUGCCACCUGUCAGUGCCCAUCAAUGCCACAUAUCAGUGCCCAUCAGAGCUGCCUUUCAGUGCCAACUAUCAGUGCUAGUCAGUGCUGUCUAUCAGUGCCACCAAUCAGUACCACCUAUCAGUGCUAAUCAGUGCCACCUAUCAGUGCCGACUAUCAGUGCUGCCUAUAAGUGCCCAUCAGUGCAGCCUAUUAGUGCCCAUCAGUGCAGCCUCAUUAGCGCACAUCAGUGAAGGAGAAAAAUUCCUCAUUUAGAAACUUUAUUA